AUGCCGAUCACAAUUUCAACAUGGUGGUGGCAUCCACAGAAUAAAGUGGAACGUCUCCCGAUUCCCCAAGACUAUCGAGUCUUUCCAUUCGUCUGUUGUAGUGCAAAGACGAUUUUCUUUGUGGACACAAUUCUUGGAAUAGCUUCGGCACUCUUGUUGUUGAUUGGACUCAUCAUCGAGUCAUCAUCCGGAUACACGAAAGAUCAACAUCAAUGGGGUUAUUUGUGCAUUCUCGUGGUGAGCUUGGUGAUGUCCGUGCUGGUGAUCGCUACAAAGAAGCCGAUCUACGCUCAAAUGCUCAUUCCGCUCACGAUGACUGGAAUCGCUUAUCAAUGUGCUGCUUUGUUGGUUCGUGCUGUUCACAGCACAAACGCUCGAGACUCACUAUCAGUUACACUCGCUGAGGAAAGAUUGAAUGCACAAGUCGAGUUUCUCGGCUCCCUUCUUGGCCUUCUUUUCUAUGUGCCAAUCGGAAAUUGGGUUCUCUAUUUGAUGUUCAACUAUUACGCUUAUGUUCGUGACGUGCAACUUUACAAGGAGUUCAAGGAGAACAAAGAAGGACAAUUGGCGACAGUCAAUGUGGUUGAAGUUGAGGAGACAGAUGAAGAUCAACAAAAUCGAACUGAAGAAAAUGGGCCAACAAAUGAA